AUGGACUCAGCUGGUGGCUCUGAACUCUUUGAAAGCUAUGAACAGGACUUUGAGGCUAUCAGAGUCUCUAUCAAUGAGCGACUCAAUGCUUCUAGUGGCCAAGUUGGAGAAAUUAAAAAACAAACUCUUCGGGCUGCAGAUCGUGAGAUCGAUGAGGCAAAUGAGAUUUUGCAGCAAAUGGAAAUGGAACUAUUGAACCUCCCUCAAGCCUCCAGGACUCGUCUGCAAGGUAGACUUCGUGGAUACAAAACCGAACUAGACCGCUUGAAGCAAACUCUUAAACGCGCACAGUCAACCUCAAGGUCAACAUCAGACAGGGAUGAGCUUCUGGGAGGCGUCAGUGGAGGAAUGGACUUGGAUGCAGCAUCAAUGGAUCAACGCACACGUCUCUUGAAUGGUACAGACAGGCUUGCAGAAAGUAGCAGACGUCUGCAGGACAGCCAUAAGAUUGCUCUCGAAACAGAACAAUUGGGUGCAGGAAUCCUGACAGACUUGAGAGGACAGCGAGAACAAAUCAUCCAUACUAGGAACACUUUGUUGGAAGCCGAUUCAAAUAUCGACAAGGCAUCACGCACACUAAAGGGCAUGGCUCGUCGGUAA